AUGGGCAUCCCGCGAGAUGAGGAGGGUAACGAACAUCCUUUGCUGGAUCCCAUUGUUGCCGAAGACCAUGGUCGCAAGUGCCUGGUCCUCGACCUCGACGAGACGCUGGUCCACAGUUCUUUUAAGAUGAUCUCCAAUGCCGACUUCAUCGUCCCCGUUGAAAUUGAGGGCACCGUUCACAAUGUAUACGUCAUCAAACGACCUGGCGUCGACGAGUUCAUGCGAAGAAUGGGCGAAGUGUACGAGGUCGUCGUCUUUACCGCCUCGCUCUCCAAGUAUGCCGAUCCAGUACUGGACAUUCUCGACAUCCACCACGUCGUGCGCCACCGCCUGUUCCGCGAGUCCUGCUACAACCACAAGGGAAAUUACGUCAAAGACCUCAGCCAGCUGGGAAGAGAUAUCGGCGAGAGCAUCAUCAUUGACAACUCCCCUGCCUCCUACAUUUUCCACCCAAACAACGCUGUGCCAAUUUCAAGCUGGUUCAACGACCCGCACGACACCGAACUGACGGACCUGGUUCCCUUUUUGAGGGAGCUCGCAGACGUCGACGACGUCCGUGCCGUUCUCGACGGAGGACUGUAG